GUCGUUGGACAUGUUCACAAGUGUUACACCACCCUCAGUCAGCUUCUUAAGAGGCAACAACUCCCUUUUGAGUUCAUCAGGCAAAAGACAGCAGUCAUCAGCAACCGAAUCUUCCUUGAGUAGACCCCUUAUAUCGGCAACAAGCUUAGACAAAGAUAUUCCCAACUCAACACUUCCUAUAAAGUUAUCGGCCACUUCUGAAUCAAGGUUGUCUGUUAGCGAACUACCACCAUCUCAACAAUGUUCAUAUUCUCAGUCUGUUCUUAAUGCAUUAAAUGCUCUAUGCGGCAUAGGAAUACUUUCGACUCCAUAUGCACUCAAAGAAGGAGGAUGGUUUAGUCUCAUGCUUCUCUUUGUUUUUGGAAUCAUUACAUGUUACACUGGAAUCUUAUUGAAGAAAUGUUUAGACAGUUCCCCUCAGCUUCAAACUUAUCCAGAUAUCGGACAGGCUGCUUUUGGUUUAGCUGGUCGAAUAUGCAUUGCUACAAUUCUCUAUGUUGAAUUAUAUUCUUCGUGUGUGGAAUACUUGAUAAUGAUGAGUGAUAAUUUGUCGGCCUUUUUCCCAAAUGCUCAUAUGGCAAUUGCCGGACUUCAUCUUAGUUCGUAUCAACUCUGUGCCAUUACUUCCACCCUUGUUAUACUUCCAACAGUUUGGCUUAGAAAUCUCAGUUUGCUAUCAUAUGUUUCAGUGGGUGGAGUAGUUACUUUGGUUGUCGUAGUUCUCUGCUUGUUAUGGGUUGGGAUUUCUGGUGACGUUGGAUUCCAUCCGGCUGGCAAAGCACUGAAUUUUGCCAAUCUGCCAGUUACAAUUGGUCUGUAUAGUUUCUGUUAUGGUAGCCAUUCAGUGUUCCCGAAUAUCUAUUCCUCCAUGAAGGAACCUUCAAGAUUUAAUUCUGUAUUACUUAUCAGCUUUAUUGUUGCUGCCUUGACAUACACUGGUGUAGCGAUAUGUGGCUUUUCAAUGUUCGGGGAAGCAAUCAAACCUCAGUUCACAUUAAAUUUACCCACGAAAGUUGCCGCCUCUGAAAUUGCUAGAUGGAGUGUGGUUGCCGCCCCAGUUACAAAGUUUGCCUUGACGAUUACCCCUGUAGCAUUAUCGCUAGAAGAACUCUUACCUUCGGGUCAGAAUAGAUCUCAUGGUGUAUCAAUACUCAUCAGAACAAUUUUGGUUAUUUCCGUACUAAUCGUGGCAUUGGCAGUUCCAUAUUUUGGAUCUGUAACGGCCUUGAUUGGAUCCUUACUCGUGAUGCUUGUGUCUCUGAUCUUGCCGUGCGCUUGCUAUAUGAGAAUACGCGGAGAUAGAUUAACAAAACUUCAGAUUGCAGCCUGCACAUUCAUAAUAGUUUUUGGAUUAUUUUGUGCUGUCAUCGGCACAUAUUCAGCUGUCACAAGUAUGGCUAUCUAAUAGAUUCGUCUGGAGAUACAAACUUCAGCCGAGAACGUUGUUUAUCUCACAAAUGCGGAAACUGGCACUAACAAGUGAAGAUCAAAGUGAAAUUUGACAGAAAGCUGUUAAUGGCAAUGUACAAAAUUAUUCAGCAGAAA